AUGACCUCCAUUGUUGCAGGAACAUUAACAUACCUAGGAUUUACUCAAGCCGUUUCUUGGUUUGGAUUUACUAAAGCUGGCAUUGCUGCUGGUUCUUGUGCAGCAGCUUGGAUGAGCUCAACUGCAAUUGCUUCAGGUGGUGGUGUAGCUGCAGGAAGUGCCGUUUCUACAAUGCAAGCUGCAGCUGCCACUGGUGCCAUUGGUGGACCAGUUGGUGUUGCUGUUGGUGUUACUGUUGCAGGUUUAUUCUUUGUGGCAAUAUUUUGCCUUCGAAUAAUUAUUGGACGAAAGCAAUUUCCUUGUUCGCUUUAUUCUUGGUGUUUCUUUGUAACUGGACCUGUGAUUUGUUUGCCGACAAUUUGUCGAUGUUUAAAGUUGUAUUUCAUGUACAAGUUUAAUUUACAAAAGACGAAACUUUAUGGACAUUUGGAUGAGCAGAGUAAUGUAGACGAAAAGGAAUUACCAUCAACUAUUAGAAUGCCACAUCAAGAAUUGUUUCAUUCUUCAAUUUCAACCACUUCUUCAUCUCCAAAAUCAGCCACACCUGUGGAUACACCACUGGACACACCAACAAGUUUACAAUCCUCAACCAGUACUAAUGAAGUUGUUUUCAUAGAUGCAAAAGAAUCCAUUUCCAAUCGUGAGAUUGAAAUUCCAAUGAAAGAACUGAGGAAAAUGAAAUUCUUCCAAUUUAUGGGCAGUCACUCUUUCGUCAUUUUGGUUUAUUUGGGAGUUUUCGUAUUUCAAACUAUUUUAUGGGCCAUUGUUGGUGGAAUUGAUGAAAUUGUCUACACAAUCAAUAAGAAAACAGAUCCUUCAGCAAAAAGAGCUCUCAUUCCAGCUGGUUUCUUUGAGUCUGGUUAUGGAUGUAUCAUGACUAGUAGUAUUCUUGGAAUAAUCUUGACAGAGGCAAUUAUUUAUAUUGCCAUGGAGGUAUUUACAUUGAUUUUAUGUAUCAGAUCAGAUAGAGAUACAUGGAAUAUUAAGAAGGAAUCAUUGAUUUAUGUGGUGAUUCAAUCGAUUGGAAUGGGAGCUUUUAUUGUAGCUGGUUUUAUACCAAUUGUUGGAUCAUUGAUCGAUUAUUAUGUGCCCUAUUUGCUCUUUAUGUGCACAGCACUUUCUUUGGAGACUGUUGUGUGUGUACUAUUGCCUGUUUGUUAUGAACUCAAUCAGGAAUUGAAAAUUGCUUGGAAUAAUUUGAAAUCAGUUUCAGUAGAGGAAUCAAAAAAGGAAGUGAUAAGUGGUGCAGAGCUAGUUCUGAAAAACAGAAAGACAUUCAAUAUUUUAUUGGAUUUUGCGAGAAGAUCCUAUUGUCCUGAACCUGUACUUUGUUGGCAAGAUAUUCAAAGAUACAAAUCUCCACAACAAGUCAAAAAUCGAAAGGAAAUUGCCAAAUUUAUUAUUGAUAAUUAUAUUUCUUUGAAUUCUCCUCUUGAAUUGAAUAUGGCAUCCAUUGAGAAAGCACGUUCUGACCUAAUGAUUGAAAUUGAAAAGUGUGGAGAUGAGAAUUUACCCUCCACUCUAUUUGAUGGAUUGGAAUUGCAUUGUAUUCAGGAUUUAUCUGAUGUAAUGCAUCGUUUGACUCAAGCCAAUUCGGAUAUUUCAAGAUUCUUGAGAGAAAAUCAGAAUUAG